AGGGCAUUUCUUGGGAGUGUGAGCAACCACUGCGCGCAGAAUGUGAGGUGUCCAGUUCUAAUAGUGAAAAAGCCAAAAAACUAAUGGCGGCAGCAGCAGCAAAUAAACUUGUACGUUUAUGGAAUUUGUUUGUGUAAUGUAAAUAGGUAGCAGCAGGGAGGGUUCUGUGAUUUUGUUACUUUUCCUCCUUUCUUCAUUUAGGACUAUGUAUUUUUGAAUUGAACUGGUUGAAUAAUUUGUAUGAUUGCUUUCCAAA